CCUGGUAAUGCUGCGUGCGUUAGUAUCGUACUUGGCAUCGCCGUCUUCGACCGUACGUAUUUGCCGUCACGAAUGUUCGUACGAGCUCGUUCAAAAUGUGGCGAGAUGUGAAUUCGUAAGGAAUAAAUCUGGUAGUUAAUAUACUCAAGUGCUAGUAAACUUUAUGAGACAUAAUCUGUUGAAUAUGAAAAUUGGUUGUUCCUAAAAUAGAAUUGUGGAAACUUUAACAAUAUUCAAUUAAGUUUGUAAAGUGAAGUGGAUGUAUUGUGGUUUUACAGUUGUAAAUACGUUUUACAGUUGUAAUAAGUGAAAUAUUGUUGUAAUAAUAUACGAAUUGUAUUUAUAAACAAGAAGUAAAUUAUUGCAAGGAAAGUUAACAGAUAAUGCAUCAUCCAAAAACGAACAAGUCGCCUCGUGUUGAAGACACGAAACUGUUCAACGAAUGGAUGAGACAGGGUUGAGCCAUCGUCGAGAUGUGGAGGGCGGUGGAAGUCCAGACAAUGUCAGUCAGCUACCGACUCAAGAUCGGAGUGGUGGUCAUUGUUAUUAUGGUACUUGGAUUCUUCAACGAGAGCCAAGGUACAGCCCACUACGGGGAAGACAGUGUCGGCUCAUUUCCAUACUUCGAGUACAAUGUUCCACGCAAUGUGACCACGGUCGUUGGGCAGACCGCCUUCCUGCAUUGUAGGGUUGAACAACUUGGGGACAAGGCGGUAUCGUGGAUAAGGAAAAGAGAUUUACAUAUACUGACAGCGGGAAUAUUAACUUACACAUCAGAUCAAAGAUUUCAGGUUAUCAGACCAGACAAAUCUGAAAAUUGGACAUUACAAAUAAAGUUUCCGCAAGAGAGAGACGCGGGCAUCUACGAGUGUCAAGUGAACACAGAGCCGAAAAUGUCACUGGCAUUUCAGCUAAAUGUCGUUGAGGCUAAAGCUCACAUCCUGGGUCCCGUAGACCUAUACGUGAAGACUGGAAGUACGCUGUCACUUACGUGUAUCCUGAGUCAAGGUCCACACGAUUUGGGCACCAUAUUUUGGUAUAAGGGAUCAAAACUAAUAGAGUAUAAGGAAUUAGAAGAGAACGAGAUAGCGGAGGAGCCGAGAAUUCGACUGAGAACAGAAUGGACUGAACAGCUGACGUCACGGCUGACUAUCGAGAAGUUACUACCAGGGGACAGUGGGAACUACAGUUGUGUGCCGACAAUGGCCGAAGCAGCUUCGGUAAACGUUCAUGUAAUCAAUGGAGAGCAUCCUGCUGCAAUGCAGCAUGGCAACGCUAACACAGCAUCACCCUGUGCACUGUCGGUCAACCUCCUGAUCUCACUGUACUGCACACUCGCGACUCUAUACACCAGUACAGUCGACGGUUUUAGAUGAAAAUUACAAAACACAGCUUUAAACAAACGUUUCAUCAAAUUGUAAAUUCAUAGUAGUUUUUUCUUACUUUUGUAUAGUGUAAGAUUUGUGUUGAAAUGAUGCGGCUGUAGAGAAAAUGUGCACAACGCAUAAGAGAAAAUGGAGGCGUCGUGUUGUAUUUUCGUAAAAUUUCAGAAAAUGCUGAGAGUAAAAAUAAUAAAUUGCAAUGAAACAUAUUUACUUGAAGUUUAUGCAAAAAAAGAAUACAAGAGAAAGAAUCUGAGUUAAAAAAAAUGUAUACAGAAAUUCAACUUAAUGACAAUUUCCAACAUUUAUGUACAAGUUAAUGGUCUUUGUAAAUACAAAAUAAAGGCAUAGAAACUGUACCUAUAUAAAAUGGCCUUCUUGUUUCGGCGAAACGAAAUGUAAAUAACUUAAAUAAAAAAUUUAGAUAGAUAUUAAAAUGAGUGACAGGCGGUAGCGGUGCGACUAGCGGAGAGCGUAUUAUGUUAAACUGUAGGUAACAAACUUAAAUUAUAUAGAUAGUGUCCAUAGAAAUGCUUCGAGAAAAACUGGUCAACUCUUUCAUACAAUUUCGCAUGAUAAAUAGAUAUGACUGAUUCCUUUAUAACUUCUAUAUUUACUUUGUCCUUUUUGUUUGUUUCAAUUUCUGCAUCUUUUUAAUGCGUAAACACUUAUUUUAUUUAUUAAAUUAUAUAUCAAAAUACAUUUUAUAAGUAUCCAGAACACUGAUAAAAAUAACGAGUCAGCUAAUUUGACAAUUAGCUGACAAAAAGUUGACCCGUUUUUGAGGCUCGAUGUUCUAUCUAUAUAAUUUAAGGUAACGAAGUCUAUUAAUUUAUAUGGAUUGACUAUUUUUUUAUACGUGGCGUAAAUGGUAACGAAACUAAUGGCCCAUAUGAUAAAAAUAGGUAAAUGACAUCUAUAGACAUCCUAUUCUUUAAACUAAAAUAUAGCCAUACAAAUAUAACUUCUUGGAGGUCAAUAAAUGAAUUAAACAGAGACAGCUGUAUACAUAGAUGGUUUCUUUAUCUUAUAAUCUGAUUUAUAUCAAAAUAAUAAAUUAACAAACAUAUACCAUAAACAAUAUCAAUUUGUUUAUGGUAUAUGAUUAAAAAUAACUACAUAAUAUCAUAGAGAAAAUGUAAAGAUUAAUAAUAAUAAUAUUUUCUUAAAAAACAAAACGAAAGAUGUUAUUAAUUUAAUUAAAUGUUUUAUAUAUAAAUUAUACGACGUCUUCGAAAAUAUUGACUUUCAUAUGGAUUCAAUUAGUCCAUAUCAAUUUUAUUAUUACGAAACCAUUGAUUUGUUUAAAAAAAAAUGUAUUAAAUUAUACAUUAUUUAUACGAGUGAGUGAUAUAGAAUUUUAAUAUUAAUUCUAUGCUUAUAUCAUGUCGAUGGAUUAUGGUAUGGUUAUAGGAUUCAGAAAAUAGUCAAAAUUACUGUUGAUGUACCACUUUUUAUUAAAUCACCUAACUACGAGAUAGACAUCGGUAGAACAAAUUGUAAAUUCACCUUAAAUCUCAAUGAGACCAAACUAUACUUUAAAUAAAUUUAGUUUCACACAAGAGUAUUUAAACUAUUACAGAUACGUAAGAAUUGAUAUUUGUUUCACUAUCAUUACUUGACUUUAAAGUUAAUUUCAUUGAGAUUUGUUUUUUUAUAAAUAAAAAAAAAAUAUAAGCAAUAAGUAGCGCCAUCGAUUUAACUAAAAAUAUGUUACCUAUAAAGUUUAUUACACUUUGAUCUGCCUAUAAUUAAAGUUAUUAUAAUUUUUUGGAUCUUUAUCUGAGUUUUGGUCUUGUUUAUUAUAAUUUUGAGAUUAUUAAAGGUAACGGUUUAAUUUGAGAUUAUUAAAGGUAAAGGUAACACUUAAUGGUCUCAUUAUGGAUACUAGAGUCAAAUAAAACUUUUUAAAAUAAAUAAAUGCACACCGCUCACCUCUUUUGACUUGAAAGCCUAAUGUCACUUUCUUUCAUUCUAUUUACGAAAGCUUUUACAGAAUUUAAUUUGAAUUUAAAAGAUUACUAAAGCAAUUUGAAUCCCUUUUCGAGUAAUUGCACGAUUCUUCAAUAAAAGUAAGAUUAUUUUGGUUAUAAAUAUACGAAUGAAAGUAAAAAUCAUUUUAAUUCUGAAAACAAAAUAAAAUAUUUUACGUUGGCAAUAUUGUAACAAUAUCUUAGGGUUUUUUUAUAUAUAAAUAUACAAUAUUAUUUUAUUACCGUUACUGAUAUAAAUAACAAGGUAUUAUUUUAUAGAUUAAAAUUAGUGAAAUUUUAUAAAUAGAAAUAUUUAUUGUUUAUAAAGUAUAAAUUAAUGUAAAAUUGUAAAUAGCAUUAUUGUAUUGUAAAUAAUUUGAAAUGUAAUUUCUAUGAUUCAAUAUGACACAAUAAAUGACGUUACUUCUUUAGUUUUACAAAUGAAUUUGUAAUAGAGUUUAUAAAAGUGAAUUAAAUAAGUUAUUUAUGAGAUAUUUUAUUUUACUUUGUGGGUAGUUGGACACGUUUAUAAACAGAUCAUGUAAUUACAAUUAUAAAUUUAAGGUAAAAUUUGACAAAUAAAGAUA